AUGGCGACCCCUUCCGGAGCCGGCAGUGGCGUCGCGUCCGCUUCCAGCAGCAGUGGCCACAGUAGUCGUCUGAAUAGCAUCAGCAGUUUGAGUGGCAGCGACAGUGGCAUUGGCGCGGAGGUCUUUGUAGAUCCAAUCAAGUUGCUCAACCAGCGCGCUGCGGAUGUGCCACGGCCACGCAACUUUGCGCAGAUGGUCCAUGUCUUGCACAGCCUGAUGUCACAGGCCAAUGUUUACAUGUCAGAAAACCGCCUCGAGCAAGCCUACGUGCUAUUCAUGAGAUACACAAUAAUCGUUUUGGAGCUCUCACGCUCGUUUCCAGAGGCAAAGGCAUCACCCGAAAACAAGCAGAAAGCAAUGAAGUACUUUGCUGCACGGCACGAGGAAGAGCAGAAGAACUACAUUGUUCAAAAGCAGGCAGAGGCACUCGCGCGGGCCAAGCAGGAGGCAGACGACGCCAAACUGGCGCGCGAGGUGCUUUCCCAAGACGCACAGCUAUUCCGGGAAGAGCAGCGCCGAGACCGUGACUCUCGCAUGGGCACACGGCGAGAGCCCAGCGAGGCCCGUCGUUCCACCAACACGCGCUCGAUACCGGACUUUUCCGUCGUCGUGGGCAACCGACCCGUCCCACUUCCGCCAGCAGAUCCCGCCAUCUCGGGCACCUACCAACCGUCGAUAACAUCAAGCUCAGCGCCAUUAUUCCAGGAUCCCUCACAGCAAAGCCAGCCGCUUUCUCGCUCCACGAGCAUGUACGCCUUGAAUCGCCCUCCUCCCCCGAUUCCGACGACCGGGCCCAGCUUGAGUACCAGCCAAAGCCAGUUGCUUUUGCCGACGCCCUCCAUUGAUCGGAGUGCAAAGCCCUUCCUCGGCGGACAGGCAUCCGACGACCCAGACGGCGGGUCCCGCCGUUCAAGUCGCGCCCCGUCGCCAAGAAUGUCCCCUUCGCCGUCCGUGCACUCCCUCACGGAACUCACCGUACCAAUUCCGCUGCAGCCAGCUGCCAACUCUGCCGGCACGGCACCGCCACCUGUUCCCCGGAGCGCCAAGCCCACUCUGUCUGGUCAAUUUGAAAUGUUCAACGAAACGCGACUGGUGAGCGUCCCGCACGACACAAUGUCGACCUUUUUGGCUCUUGCGCAGAGCAACACUGACCGCAACCUCGAGACUUGUGGUAUCCUGGCUGGACACUUGAAAAACUCGGUGCUUUCGAUUACACACCUCAUCGUUCCCAAGCAAUCGGGCACGGCCGACUCCUGCACGACCAGCAACGAAGAAGAGCUGAUUGACUUCCAAGUCGCCGAGGACUUGAUCACCAUUGGCUGGAUUCAUUCGUGCUUCAUGUCAUCCAUCGACUUGCAUACGCACUGCUCCUAUCAGCUCAUGCUCAAGGAGUCGAUUGCUAGUCGAUUGCUAUCCAAUGCUGCGUUCGUGUUGACGCAACCACACGGUUUGGAGUACCUUCAAGGAUGUGACAAGAAAGGAUUCCAUCCUCAUAUGGAGCAUCCGCCACUUUAUGAGCAAGGUGGCCAUGUUACCUUUGACUCUCAACGAGGGGUUAAGAUUGUCGAUUUGCGCAAACUAUGA